CCAUUAUUAUUUUUACAUUCUCACUCUUUUUACCUCGCGGUUCUUCCCGCUCUCAUCUUUCACCCCCACCCCGCUCCCAGUACCGUGUUUAACCCCUUCCCCAUGGCCUGGGCGCUGUUCUCGGGCCGGGCGCUGCUGGCGCGGAGCUCCGAGCGCCGCCUGGACACGGAGCGCGAGCUGCGCGCGGCGCUCGACAACCGCCUGCUGCUGCUGCUCUUCGCCGCGCGCCGCUGCCCGCGCUGCCGCGAGUUCGAGCCCCGCCUGCGCCGCUUCUGGAGCCGCCUCACCGACCCCGCGCACGUCGAGCGGCCCGAGCAGCUCGGCCUGGUCUACGUGGGGAGGGACCCGAGCGAGGAGGAGCACCGGCGGUACCUGCGGGAAAAGCCUCGCUCCUGGAUGGCGCUGCCCUACCGGGACGUCGCCUUCGCAGGCCGCCUCACCGACCCCGCGCACGUCGAGCGGCCCGAGCAGCUCGGCCUGGUCUACGUGGGGAGGGACCCGAGCGAGGAGGAGCACCGGCGGUACCUGCGGGACAUGCCCCGCUCCUGGAUGGCGCUGCCAUACCGGGACGCCGCCUUCGGCAGGUGA